UUUUGAAAGGCCAUUUUGAAGAAGGCCAUACUUUCAAUUUGGGGACUGAUUUUCAGCUCUAAAUAGAAGAAAAGAAGAUCUGUGGAAUCUUUAGUCAAAGGCGGAGGAGGAGUGACAAGCAAGGAGAAACAGCAAAGAUUCCAACCAAGUGCAGGGCUCUGCUUGCUGUGCUAAGUGGUUUAUGAGGUGCUGCUAAUUUUUUUUGAAAAAGACAACUGCAUCAUGUGGACAACUGCCCAUUUGCCUGAGGAGAGCACACGACCAUUGAAUCCCAACAGACAGCCAGUGGUUCCAAAGCCAGGGCGUCACAGAAGACCCAUGACGGCUGUAAAUCCCCAAACAGUGAAGACUUCUAAGAGAAAGAAAGUAUGGCUCACCAUCCUGGCCGUGGUGGUGUGUGUUGCUAUACUGGUAACAGCAGGAUACUUCACAAAAGUUCUCAUAGACAGCAAGUACUUUUUUUGCAAGCGCUCAUUUAAGUUCAUCCCGAUUGAUCAAGCCUGUGAUGGGAAGAGUGACUGUGCAGGAGGGGAAGAUGAAGUUCCCUGUGUGUCAACAUUUACCGUCAACAGCACAUUUCCAGUGAGGCUGCUGACAGCCAACAGUGUCCUGCAGGUGUAUAGUCCUGGCACAGGGUGGAGAAGUGUUUGUAGCGAUGGUUGGACUGCGGAGCACACACAAACUGCAUGUAAACAACUGGGAUACACAAAGGAACCAAGUAGUAGUACUGUGCCAGUGACGUCGCUCCCAGUACAAUUUAGAGUGGGGCCAUUCACAGCAGUCAGAUCUGGAACUGGAAAUACCCAAGUUCAUCAGGCUACAAAUACCAGAAACGGAGUGUGCCAAACAGGCUCUGUAGUGGCUCUGUCAUGUUCAGAUUGUGGGCGGGUGGACUCUAGAGAGCGGAUUGUGGGAGGCACGGACACGGUGAUUGAACAUUGGCCAUGGCAGGUGAGCCUGGUACAGGGCGGGCAGCACACGUGUGGAGGCGCACUAGUGGCACCACAGUGGGUUGUCACUGCAGCCCAUUGUUUUGCUGGGUCAGUAAAAUAUAAAAUAAGUUCAGCCUUUGCAUACUCUCUGCAUAGAUUGACAUGGCGGCCUUUUGUUUGCAGGAGUAAAAAUGAGCUAAGUCGCUGGAAAGUGGUGUCAGGCAACACCUACCUGGGCUCUCUGGGGGGUUCCUCUGUGGAGAGGAUCAUAAUCAAUGGACAAUACGAUGAAGCUCGUAAUGAUUACGACAUAGCCAUGAUGAGACUCUACAGCCCCAUAACAGUAGGAGAGUUUCGCAGGCCUGUUUGUCUACCACCAAAAGCUUUUGACCUUAGUGAUGGAGCCAUGAUGUCUGUAACAGGUUGGGGUUACCUAGAGGAAGAUGGUAAGGUUUCCUCUAGACUUCAGCAGGCUUCCAUUCCACUGAUUGAUCGGACCAAAUGCUCCAGUCCUUAUGUUUAUGGUAGUGCCAUAACAGAGCGAAUGUUGUGUGCGGGGUACCUGGAAGGGGGCGUGGAUGCUUGCCAGGGGGACAGUGGGGGGCCGCUGGUGCACACCAGCUCCUCUCAAUACUACCUGGUAGGAGUGGUGAGCUGGGGAGUGGGCUGUGCCAGGAGGGGAAAACCAGGUGUAUACUGUGAUGUGGAAGAGAUGAUGAAUUGGAUCAAUACAGUCAUUGAGAAAAAUCCUUGAACCUUGCCCUGGUCCAAUGUGAACCCAUUGCAGCAUUUCAUUCAUUCAGCAAAAAAAAACCUAUUUAUCACUUGCUUACAGACUAUGCAUAUCCUGUCAUACACAUUUUAUUUGCCAUACCAACAUAAAUUCUCAGGGGAGAUGUGUUGUUUUUGAGGCUCAUCAGAUGAAAUUUUGAGGGAUUUAGUGCCAUAACAUUCUACCACAUUCACGUAUGAUCACAAACAUUUCUCCACUCAUGUCCAAGCAAAGCAUCAUUUUUGCUAAAAUAACUGAUGCCAAUUGUGCUGUUAGGUUUCUGUGUACCUUAAAGCACAAUUGACUUACAUGAGCACUUUACAUGAGCCAUGAAUUACUUGAUUGUACUGCUUGUGAAGCUUUCUUAAUAUGCACUGAGGUUUACAGAUUAAAAAUAUUUGCCAUGUUGCAGAGUGCAAUGAAAGACUUGUGUAAGAACAGGAAUUCUGUGCACUGAACCUUGUAAGAGAUUAGGAAUAUAAGUAAUAAUUGUUGUGUAUAUUUGUAAAUUAUUAUGAAUAACUUAAAGGAAAUGUAUUGUUUAUUACAAAAUGGUUGAACAAACUUUUAAGGUUUACAUGUUAAAUGCACUUGUAAAUAUUUUUUCUUAAAAAAAUUUAAAUACUGUACAUUUGUUGUGAUGGUGUUUGUUUAUGUUAUUUGGUUUCUGGCUUUUCUCAGAAUUAAACAUUAAUUUAUCAGAA